GCCUAUUUCCCACGAUAGCGUUGCAGCUAUCGAUAAAUUUCCUUAAAUCCCUAAACAGAAGCACGUAAUUUUGAUAUGAUGUUUUCGUAAAGUUUAUUCAAAUUUAAUUAAGUCAAAUGGAAACACUACCUCAGCUACAGUAAAGACUGCCACAACGGCUGGCUAAAAGAGAACGGAGUAAGAAGAUAAGAGAAGAUUAAGAAAACAAGAAGGAAUGAAAAUGAUGUACCUGCGCCGUCUAUUUACCCAAGAGUUGUGUCCCGUCACGCACACGGAUUUGAUGGGAUGUCUGCAGCAUUCGCCGCAACAGUUGCAACAGUUGCUGAGCGGCGGAUUUGCGGGUGCACCCGGACUCGAGAGUCUGUCAUGGUUACACAAUCUGGCGCCAUGUUUCCCGCUGCGUGGUGAUCAAAUUCAGGUCAUUCACGAACCGCAGCACUUUUACCAAACGCUAAUGCAGCGCAUCCGUCAGGCCAAGAAGCGCGUUGUGCUGGCCAGCUUGUAUCUGGGCACGGGUCAGCUGGAGAACGCCUUUGUGCAGACGUUGCGUCACAGCCUGCAGGCACAGUCAUCACUGCGGCUCAACGUGUUGCUGGACUUCACCCGUGGGACACGUGGUGUGGCCAACUCCAAGACAAUGCUGCUACCGCUGGUCCGCGAAUUUGGCGAACAGGUGCAGUUCUCACUGUACCACACGCCGGAUCUGCGUGGCAUGACCAAACGCUUGGCCCCGCCACGUUGGAACGAAUUGUUGGGGCUGCAGCACAUGAAGGUGUAUCUGUUUGACGAUGCGGUCAUCAUAUCGGGUGCCAAUUUGUCCAACGACUACUUCACCAAUCGCCAGGAUCGCUACAUACUCAUUGAGGACAAACCACUCGCCGAUUUCUAUGCCCAGCUAAUUGAGCGUGUGCAGGAAUUUAGUUUGGCUGUGAGCGCCGAUGCGACGGAGGGACUGCAUCGCAAUUGGCGCAUCCUUCCCUACGAGGGCACCAAGGAGCAGUUCAUUCGACUGGCCAAGGAGCGAGUCACGAACUUUGUCCAGGAGGCGUAUCAACGUCAGCUGCAGCGCCAGGAACUAGACACAGAGGCGGACACGUGGGUGUUUCCGCUGCUGGAGAUGGGACAGAUUGGCAUACACCAUGACAGUGUGGUGACCAAACAGUUGCUGUCCAAUUGCAUUGCCGGAUCACGUCUCAAACUUGCCACGGGCUACUUUAAUCUGACGCAGGAAUACAUGGACACCAUAACGCACAAGUGCCUGGCGCAGUGCAGCAUUCUAAUGGCGCAUCCCAAUGCCAAUGGCUUCCAGGGUGCCAAGGGACCUGCGGGUGGGAUUCCUGCCGCCUAUACGCUGAUUGCCAAGAGUUUCUACGAGAGUUUGGUGCGACGACAACAAAAUCAUCGUGUCAAUUUCUUCGAGUACCAAAAACCCGGCUGGACAUACCAUGCCAAGGGUCUGUGGUAUUAUUUACCCAAUGCCCGUUUGCCCAAUUUGACGCUAAUCGGUUCCUCGAACUUUGGUGAACGAUCCGUGAAUCGUGACCUCGAAACUCAAGUGUGCCUGGUGACCGACAACAUGGAUCUAAGUCAACGUCUUCAAGCGGAGGCGGAUCGCUUAUAUGACCUGUCCACGACAGCGGAGCGGGAUAUUGUCCAGCGACAGGUGCCACGUUGGGUCCAGGCUGUUGUCCGCAUAUUUCGAAACUUUUUCUAGUUGUUACCGUAGUGUAAUCUUCCCUAAACCUCAAUCCAUACAUAGUUCAAUUUGUUGAAUUUAAGCGCAAGUUAAUCUAGUGUGUAAUUCACGUGUCGUUUUGAGUUAUGUUAUUGUGUACAUUGCUGUAAUUUCAUUUUUUACCCAGUAAUAAUUCAGGAAAUUGUUGCCAUUACA